AUGGGACUCUUCAAGCGCAAAGAUUCCAAGAAUUCAAUUCAAAGCGAGCGAGAUGAACAGGAAUCUUUCGUCUCCGUCAACAGUGCUCGCACCUCAAAUACAUCCCUGAGAUCGCCAGGAUACAAGGGAACCGGCCCGCCAGCCUCAAUUCCAGAACUCCCCAUCGCCAGACCCCCAGACCCAGCAUUGGACCCGGCCGGGUAUCUACGAAGCAUCCAUGCAGUGCGCGAACGCUCCAACAUCGUCCUAAACAAAGCCAAAAAGAAUCAACUGCACCAUUUCGAUGUCGACAUGAGCAAAUUCGAAGCUACCGCCUCCUAUAUCGUCUCCAUUAUUAAGCGAGAUUAUGCCCCGGACUAUGAGAGCAUUCCGCCGCAUGGGCGCUGGCAGCAUUUCGACGUGGGUGGCAGACCGCGCAUUAAUCAGCUCCUCCAAUCAUGGCCGAGCCGAAUUGAUGCGCAGGAACGCACGCGCCGUUUGAUUGACUUGUUUGUGGUUUCUGUGUUGCUUGAUGCCGGCGCCGGAAACGAGUGGUCGUACCGAUCGAAAGAAUCGGGUAAGGUCUACUCGCGCAGCGAGGGCUUGGCAGUUGCCAGUCUGGAAAUGUUCAAGUCGGGUCUGUUCAGCAGUGAUCCGACGGAACCAUGCCAAGUGGAUGGCGCAGGAUUAAAAAAGAUUACAGUCGAGGUGCUGGCCAAGGGAAUGCAACAUUCAGAGCAAAACCCGUUGGCUGGUAUUGAAGGUCGCUCGGGGUUGUUAACGCGGCUAUCCGAGGCACUGAAUAACCAAGACUUCUUUGGAGUCGACGCCAGACCGGGAAAUAUGCUAGAUUAUCUGCUCGGUCAUCCUUCAACUCUUGCUUCCUCCGUGCCUAUUGUUCCGAUUACCACGUUAUGGUCCGUGCUGAUGGAUGGCUUGUCUACCAUCUGGCCCCCAUCGCGAACACAAAUCGAUGGUGUCUCGAUUGGAGAUGCUUGGAAAUGCUCAGAUAUGCCCAGGUCUCCUCCUGCACAGCAAUGGGAGAGCAUCGUUCCAUUCCACAAAUUAACACAAUGGCUUUGUUACUCGAUCAUGGUUCCAAUGUCGAAACUGAUGCUCAUCCACUUCGCCGGCAGCGAUCUUUUAACAGGCCUCCCUGAAUAUCGGAAUGGAGGACUUCUUAUCGACUUGGGACUCCUGAGUCUGAAACCAGAAGAGAUGCAGCGAGGAAUCGAUGCCUAUAAAGAGAAUGCCCAGAUCAAGGGUCAGCCCAGUGUCGAGGUUGCUCCUCUCUUCUCGGCCGACGACGACCUGAUCGUUGAAUGGCGAGCAGUGACUGUUGGAUUCCUGGAUGAGCUUCUAGACGAGGUCAACACUCAAUUAGGGCUCAAGGGCUCUGAACAGCCACUCACAUUAGCACAAAUGCUUGAAGCCGGGACCUGGAAGGGUGGUCGUGAGAUUGCGGAAGUUUCCAGACCAAAUACCAAGGAGCCCCCUAUCAUGAUACGAUCUGACGGCACUGUCUUCUAA